ACUCGAGUCAUGGUUGAUUCUGUCUAUUUGCGAAUGCAAUGCGAACGUUAAAUGCUAAAGCUUAAGCCUUAUUUAUUUGUUUGUUUAUUUUUAAAGAAGGGUGAACGAAUUCAAUAUUUUAUACGGUGUUUAUUUCUCCUGUGUUACUUCUAUAAGGUUCGUGUGUAAUGUAGAUCCUCUGCUUCGUUCCACGUGCAAAAUUUUGGAAAUAAGGCAGCAUGUGCAACACAGAUUAUAAAUAAAAUGAAUAAAAUACGUUUUUUGGAGGAAAAAGAUCCUGUUAGUAGCAAAAAACGAGCUUUACAUGUUACAAAUUGCACUUAAUUAGUUACAAUCUAGGCAGAUAACCUACAGCAGAUCGUCAGGUGUCAUUACCGAUUCCCUUCAUACUCUUCCUUGAAUGAACACUGAUUAGGGGUUGUCCUCAAAUUCAGACUAAAUUAAGGACGUUUCAUCAUGCUGUGUGUUUCCACGGCGACUGUGUGGAGAUCCUUUCAGAACGGUUUACACUCCAAACUCAGUAGACCCAGUUCACUUAAAUGGCUGCUGGGAAACAUAGUCCACAGAGCCUGGGUGUCCUCUGGUCCCCGAACCACCAGAUCACAAGAAAGAGUCGCUCCUGUUUUCACCAAAGCUUUGGCUUAUAAGGACAAAGUGGCCAUUAUAGAUGAGAGCAGGGGGCACAGCUACAGCUGCCUUUACCACAGCAGCAAAGGCUUAGCAGCACAAAUACACCAAGCAUUAGCCUGCCAUUCAGGAGAUCUACAGGGCAAGUGCAUUUCCUUUCUGUGUGCCAACGACGCCUCCUACACGGUGGCUCAGUGGGCCACGUGGAUGUGCGGUGGCACGGCUGUGCCGCUCUGCAGAAAGCACCCAGUGUCUGAGCUCGAGUACGUCAUCUCAAACUCUCAGAGCUCUCUGCUGCUGGCUGGUGAGCCUUACACUGCCACGCUGGGGCCUCUAGCUCACAAACUGGGGCUGCCAUGUCUGCAUCUUCCUCCCAGUGCCAGUCUGGAUGCACUGCACAGAGCAGAGCCACGCUGCCAGUCAAAUGAGGAGAUUUCUGAUUGGGCAGAGAGACCAGCCAUGAUUAUUUACACCAGUGGGACGACGGGAAGGCCAAAAGGAGUUCUGCACACACACAGCAGUCUGCAGGUGAUGGUCCAGGCCCUCGUGAGUGAAUGGGCUUGGAGCAGAGAUGACGUGAUUCUGCACACUCUCCCCCUCCAUCAUGUGCAUGGCAUUGUAAAUAAGCUCAUGUGCCCCCUGUGGGUGGGGGCCACCUGUAUCAUGCUGCCCGACUUCAGCCCUCAGAAGGUAUGGGAGGAAUUGCUAAGUUUCCGAUCUCCAGUGGUGACAGUGUUCAUGGCUGUUCCCACCAUCUACUCUAAACUCAUCCAGCACUAUGACCAGCACUUCACACAGCCACAUGUACAGGACUUCAUCAGAGCUGCAUGUAAAGAGCGGAUCCGGUUGAUGGUGUCGGGUUCGGCUUCGCUCCCACAGACGGUCCUGGAGCGUUGGAAGUUGAUCACGGGUCACGUCCUGCUGGAGCGCUACGGCAUGACUGAGAUCGGCAUGGCGCUGUCCAACCCGCUGAACGGACCACGAAUCCCUGGUGCAGUCGGAGCUCCACUCCCGGGUGUUGAAGUGCGAAUCGUCAUGACAAACACAAGCAACACCACCAUCGCCGAGGGCAACAGCAAGCACACACGGGUAAAGCCUGGGCUGGAGGGGCGUGAGGGGGAGCUGCAGGUUCGAGGCUCCUCUGUGUUUCAGGAAUACUGGAAUAAACCACAGGAGACGAAGGACGGUUUUACAGAAGACGGCUGGUUCAAAACCGGAGACACUGCGGUCUACAAAGACGGAGUCUACUGGAUCAUGGGACGAACUUCUGUCGACAUCAUAAAGAGCGGCGGCUACAAGAUCAGCGCUCUGGAUGUGGAGCGCCACCUGCUGGCCCACCCUGACAUCACAGAUGUGGCUGUAAUCGGGGCGCGGGACUCCACCUGGGGGCAGAAGGUUGUCGCGGUUGUCCAGAUGAAGAAGGGGAAAACUAUCACUCUUCCUGAGCUGAAGGCCUGGGCCAGAGAGCACAUGGCUCCAUACACCAUCCCCACUGGGCUGAUAGUGGUGGAGGACAUGCCUAGGAAUCAGAUGGGGAAAGUGAAUAAGAAAGAUCUGCUGCACCAGUUCUUCCCCCACUGACCGUCUCCUCGGCUCUUCACUCUGCCCGCUGACCUGGCUUCAGUGCGCCGGUGUGUGUAAAGGCCAGGAUCAGCUCAUGAACAGGAACAUCAGCAGACACUGUGACACUCCCAGUUCACCCUAAAGAUCAGAAGGAAACCUGCUCACACACUCUCAUCACCUGUACAUCUUUGUAAUUCUGCCUGCCCAUCUGUCUGUCUUUCUCUCCAUUCGUCUGCCUGGCUGUCUCUCUGUCCAUCUGUCUUUCUAUCUGCUUGCCUGCCUGUCUCUGUGUCUGUCUCUCCAUCCGUCUGCCUGCCUGCCUGUCUGUCCAUCUGUCUCUCUUUCUGCUUGUCUGUCUGUCUGCCUGCCUGCCUGUCUUGCUGUCUGCCUGUUCGUCUGUCUGUCUCACCUGCUCACACACUCUUAUCACCUGUACGUCUGUGUGAUUCUGUCUCUCACUGCUUUACAGCAGCGCUCUCGGCUCUCAGCUCCUGGAAGGACGGAUUUUUCUGUAUUAACAUGAGUGACGGGUUUAAAGAGUAUUUUCCAGCGUCUCUAAUUUCUCUCAGUUUGUUUUAGUAAUUAUUAAGUCAUCAUUUCUUUUGAAUUUUUAAUAUUGCAUCUUUUAAACAUUAAAUGAAUUGCGUAAUAUUGUUUGUUGCCUAGCGGCAUUAGCCAACCAGGUGAGUAGAUCAUAAGGCAACUCAUUAAGGUGUGUGUGUGAGAGAGAGAGAGAGAGAGAGAGAGAGAGAGAGAAGAUACUGUUGCAGCUGUGGCUCUGAAAAAAGGCAUUAUUUACUCUUUAAUUGUUAUUGUGAUAUUGUUUCUACUAGUACUGAUGUAUUGUGGCAGUGACACACACCAGCUGUCCUUUGUAAUACCGGUCAUAAUGUGGACCAGUGAUGUCCUGUUAGGCUUCAUGCACAUCUAAGGUGAACUACGCCUACCCAGAAUGCUUUGCUCUAAGGGAAGACGUACAAAUUUGGGAAUCUGGGUGAAAAAAAUGAAAGAAGCAGUGUAUAAGAAAUGGGAAUAUGUAUUUAUAUACACAUGUACUGUAUGUCAAAUAAAAAGAAAAGGUUGUAAUGAAUUGUUCAAUAAUGUUUAAAUUCCAUUAUAUAAAUAUAAAUAAAUAAGGGAGAGAAAUGAUAGAUUUGAAAACUUGAAUAAGUUUUAUAAACUUUUAUUAAUUUACCAAUUUAUCAGGUACUGAAUAUUUCACUUUGGAAAGUUUCCCACUGACUAUAGCUCAUGUUUGGUGAUGUGAUCAAAAUGGCAAUUAUUAGUAAUUACAGGUGUUUUUGUUUUUUUUCAUUUUAUGUGAAAUAAAUUGUUUAAUAA